ACAAAUGGAUCCGUGUUUUCUUUCAUGGAAAAGAAAAGACCAAUGUUAUCAGAGAAGAAAAAGGAACUCGAUGAAAACAUAUGGGAUUGUGGGAGUCCUCUCUAUGAUUCAUAUGAAUUAGCUUCAAUCAGUCGUAUCCUAGAGAGGCACACCAUAGCUUUGCCAUAUCCCUGCUAUCACUAUGACUCGAUGCGGUCGGGAUUCAUAUCAAACAAGCCCGAACCCGAAGGGAGAUCGGAGGGGAAAAUGGGUAAUCUUCAUGCACUAGGAUUGUUCCGGAAAGUCGUGAGUUGGACGCUGUGGAAGACGAGGAUUAGACGGUAUCGAAACAACAAGGAUGAAAAGGGCAAUUACGGCACGUUACUGACAAGCAUCGUCCAAGCAAUCAAAACAGAGCAGGAAACUUUCUCGCAUUAUCUUGAAACAGAGGCUAACUUCAAACAAAAAGGAUAUGUUACAAAACGCCGUUUCUGAUUUGCCUUUUAUUACUUCACUCCGCCGUAUUUCAUAAGUACCAAACAACUAGCCUUCCUAGUUGCCCUUCUUUCUUUUUUCCUCUAAAAAUAUGGCUCAGCCACCGCAACCGGAGCUACGUCUAGACUCUGACGCCGGAGCUGUGUUUGUUCUCGAAUCAAAAGGGAAGUGGUGGCAUGCGGGGUUUCAUCUAACGACGGCAAUCGUGGGGCCGACGAUCCUGACGUUACCGUAUGCAUUUAGAGGAUUAGGAUGGAUACUAGGCUUCUUCUGUUUAACGGUGAUGGGAUGUGUAACCUUCUACUCUUACUACCUCAUGUCCUUGGUGCUCGACCACUGUGAAAAAGCUGGUCGCCGCCAUAUACGCUUCCGAGAGCUCGCCGCUGAUGUUUUAGGAUCAGGAUGGAUGUUUUAUUUUGUGAUAUUUAUUCAAACAGCCAUUAACACUGGGGUUGGAAUAGGAGCAAUUUUGCUUGCAGGGGAAUGCCUUCAGAUCAUGUAUUCGAACCUUUCCCCCAGCGGAUCGUUGAAACUGUACGAGUUCAUAGCAAUGGUAACAGUGGUUAUGAUAGCUCUCUCUCAGAUUCCCACAUUCCAUUCCCUCAGACACCUCAAUUUUGCUUCUCUAGUUCUCAGCUUGGGCUACACGCUCCUUGUGGUUGGUGCUUGUAUCCACGCAGGUUUGUCUAAAAAUGCUCCACAUAAAGACUAUUCAUUGGAAUCUUCAAGUUCAUCGAGGGUGUUUAGUGCCUUCACUUCUAUAUCCAUAAUAGCCGCCAUUUUCGGAAAUGGGAUUCUUCCUGAAAUACAAGCAACAUUGGCUCCACCUGCUACUGGGAAGAUGUUUAAAGGACUCUUAAUGUGUUACAGUGUAAUUUUAGUUACUUUCUACUCAGCUUCAGUUUCUGGAUACUGGGCUUUUGGAAACAAAUCAAAUUCAAACAUUCUCAAGAGCCUAAUGCCUGACGAUGGACCAUCAUUGGCCCCGACAAUAGUUAUUGGCCUUGCAGUUAUAUUUGUUCUUUUACAGCUACUUGCCAUUGGCCUGGUUUAUUCUCAAGUUGCUUACGAGAUCAUGGAGAAGCAAUCAGCUGAUGUAAACCAAGGGAUGUUUUCAAAGAGGAACCUUAUCCCUAGGCUAAUUCUUCGAACCCUGUAUGUCAUAUUCUGUGGGUUUAUGGCAGCAAUGCUUCCCUUUUUUGGUGACAUCAAUGGUGUGAUAGGUGCUAUUGGCUUUAUCCCUUUAGAUUUUGUCCUCCCUAUGCUUCUUUACAACAUGACCUUCAAGCCCAAAACAUCGUCCCUCAUCUAUUGGAUCAAUCUGUUUAUCAUGGUUGUCUUCACCAGUGCCGGAAUCAUGGGCGCUUUCUCUUCUAUUAGGAAGUUGGUUGUUGAUGCCAACAAGUUCAAGCUGUUUAGCAGUGAUGUGGUUGAUUAAUCAUAUGUAUAAAGCACUAAACAAAGUCUUAAGCAAAAGCCAAAGUUAAAGCCCUUUCGGCCCGGCUGAAAUGUACAAAUCAAAUGUUUCAUGAGGCGUGGGCUAGGUUGAGAUUGAAAGGAGCAACGUUCCACGACAGAAAGGCAAUUCUGUCUUUAGAAAAUGAAACCUCUGGCAUCUGAAACUAGCAGAGUUGCAGUUUAAGGAAGAUGUCCUGUGCUGCUAUCUUUAAUCUUCUCAAUUGAUUUGAAAGAUUGGUUUUUAAACAACAAUUAAAAUAAAGAAUGGUAGUCUUUGAUUUUAA